GAACAGCAACAAUGGAGGCGAGCAUGAAGUUCGUGGGUGUAUGACAGCGACAAAUCUAGUACACACACGCGCGAAUUAAUGCACGGUUUAUGAACGGAAAAUUCACCGUCAAACGCCCCAGAAUGGCUUCGUGGUCGGAGAAAAUGCUGCAACUGCUGCGUCGAAUGAACAACUUUCAUUUACCAGGUUCCAGUUUAGAGAGCUGUCUACGUUUUGAGGUGGCUGGAGAGCAGGUGGGAUGGAUUCCCCCAAAAGUAGCAUCAGUUCUUGGUCGUUUUCCUUCUGUUUUUAGACCAUACGGGAGUGCUAUAACCUUUUGCUCCAGCGUUGACACUUUUGAGAGCAGAUCAGUGGCUGUGGAUGAGGUGCUGCAGGAGUUGAGGAGAGAGGCAACAUUCACCUGUCUCAUAGGCUGGAGACAUGAGCAAUACGCAGUGAUGCCUAGAUACUGCGACCCUCCGCUCAUGUAUAUGGAGAGAGCAGCAACAAGUCUAUUUGGAGUAAAAAGGUACGGUGUCCAUGUCAAUGGCUACACAUGCGAUUCGAGUGGAAAUCUCAAUAUGUGGCUGGCACGACGGUCUUUGACUAAACAGACGUAUCCAGGAAGAUUGGACAAUCUGGCAGCUGGGGGGCUGGCAGCAGGCUGUAGUGUCAGGCAUACCAUGGUAAAAGAGUGUGAAGAAGAGGCCUGCAUCCCUCCAGGCCUGGCAGAGCAAGCGCUCCCAGUGGGAACUGUGAGCUACACCUACGAAGAUGACGAAGGAGUAUUUCCUGAGUGCCAAUUUGUCUUUGACUUAGAGUUGCCUCUCAAUUUCCAGCCUCACAUUGGAGAUGGAGAAGUGCAAGCAUUUUACUACUACCCCAUUGAGAAGGUGAAAGAUCUUCUAGUCAGUGAGGAAUUCAAGCCAAACUGUGCCAUGGUGGUUCUUGACUUCCUCAUUAGACACGCCAUCAUAGAGCCAGACUCAGAGCCCUAUUAUCAUGAAUUCGUUGCUGGAUUGCACAGAUCACUAUAAAGACUGACUGAUUGUUUUAGACCCAGGACAACCUUCAAUAUUUUUUUUUUUUUUUUAUCUACCUCCUCUUUUAGUUCUUUUAACUAAUGUCAGCAUGUGUACUUAUGUUUACUGAAGACCACUUCUACAAUGGCUGAAAAAGAAAUAAUAUAUUGUACACAAUCAUCAAUGUUUUUAAUCACAUUAUCAUUAAGAAUAGACAUAAAAUAAAGACCCAAGCAAAGUUACCCUAUAAGAAUUUAUUUUUUCAAUACAUUUCAAAUGAGUCUGUGUAAAUCCAAAGAUGCACUGGUAUACAAAAGAUAAUUGAUGCAUCAAAGGCUAUUUUUUUCUUACAAUGAAAUGCAGAAUCUCUUCAAAGAAAUUACUUGCAUUUAAUAAUAUGGCAUUAAACAGCUCUCUCAAAAUCAAA